AUGCAAGCGUCAUCUUCAAAGCUCAAACCGACUCAAGACCCCUUGUCGGGCUCGGAAUCAGAGUCAGACUCAGACUAUUCUUCAUCCGAUGUGACAGAAGAUGAAGACGGAGAUGAGCUUACACCAGCUCUUGAUGCCGCAAUUCUGAGAACACUUAGUAAGAUCAAGAGGAAAGAAGGUGUUUACGGGAAAGAGAAUGUUUUGCAAGAGGAAUUGAAGAAAGCUCAAGAAAGGGCUGAAGCGAAAGGUAUCAAAGCGCCGGUGGUGAAGAAGGUCGUGGAGAAGCCAUACCUCCUUCAAGAUUAUCAUCGAGCCAAGCUUCUUUCGGGCGGUAACCCAGAAGAUGACGAAGAGGAGGUAAACGAAGAACCGCUCACAUACGUCCAAUCCGAGCGAAAGUUAAAGGAAGAAGCUGUAUCAGCGUUCAAAACACUCGCUUCGGACGAUUCAGACGAUGACGAUGAAGAAUUUAUCAAGAAGAGAGAGAAAGAUGAGGGAGAAGAAGAUCUGGAAGACGAAGAGUAUAGGCAAUUCCUAUUGGAGAUGGGAGGUGGUGAAGAUGAAGUUCGAAAGAUAUUGGGAAUGGGCGAUCAGCCUAUUUCUACUGCUUUGGAGGAAACGGUAGAAGAUGAGAAAGGAGAAAAGGACGUGGUUCUGUCGAAAGUUGAAAAAGAGGAAAUUGCAGCUAAGAAAAAGGCCAAAAAGGAGAAGAAAGCUAAGAAAGAUGAUGAGUUCUUGAUGAACUAUAUCCUGAAUCGAGGAUGGAUUGAUCGAUCAGAAAAUCAUGUACCGACGUAUAAGGAAGUUGUGGGUGAUGAUGAGGAUUCAGAUGAAGAGGUGGAAGAGGAACCGAGAGCUGGUCCGUCGAGUCAUCCUUGGGGUGAACUUGAUGAAGAGGAUGAAUUCGAUGAUAAAGCAGAUGCCUUCGAGGCUGAAUACAAUUUCAGAUUCGAAGAACCUGGAGCUUCCAACAUCUUGUCACAUCCUCGUCAAAUUGAUGCUCUAGUUCGAAGACCAGAUGAUGCACGUAAGACAAAACGAGCCAGACGAGCUGAACGAAAGGCAGCCGAGAAAGCAGCUCAGGAAGAAGCCUUGAAAGCCAAGAAGGGGUCUAAGAGGAGAGAAAUGGAGAAGAGGAUGGCUGCGCUGAAAUCAGAUUUAGCAGCUGAAGGGGUCGAUGGGGAGGUAGAUUGGGAUUCAUUACAGAAAGUAUUGGAUGGUGAAUGGGAUGAAAACGAAUGGGAAAAGGUGGUAGGAGGAAUGUUAAGUAAAGCAGGAGAAAAGGAAGAUGAAGAUGGGAAACCUGUCUGGGAUGAUGAUAUUGGUGAUGCGGAGUACGAUGAUCUGGAUGAAGAUGGAGGUUAUCCAUACAAUCAGGAUGGAGGACAAAAGGCGAUGGAUAUUGAUGAAGAAUAUGGUCAAGAUGAUGAUGGACCAAUCAAUAUGGAUGCCGACUUCAUAGACGAAGAACCAAGUAAGAAGAAGCGCAAGAAGGAGAAGAAGAAGAGCAAGCAGAAAGAUAGAGCCAUUGAAGAACCAUUGAUCGAGGAUCAAUCAAGUCUGUCCCUGAAAGACAAAGCUCAAGCGGUCAAAGAAGUGAUGGAAGAAUAUAAAGCGUUAGAUCAUGAAGAUAUCAUUGGUGGAGAUCUACCUACGAAAUUCAAAUACACUAAAUCGGCACCUGUAUCUUUCGGUUUGACACCUGUGGAGAUUCUUUUGGCUACUGAUGAGGAACUAAAUAAAGUACUCAGUGUGAAGUCGAUUGCGCCCUAUCGAAAGGGGGGUAUAGGACAUCAAGGUAAAGGUCUAGGUCAGAGAGUGAGACAGCUAAAAGAAGAUGUGAGGAAGAGGAAAUGGGGUCAAGAUGAUAACGAGGGAAAACCUUGGAAGGAGAAUAGGGCGGAACAUGCUGCUAAGAAGGAGUCGAAGAGUGGGGUUGAGGGAGGUGAAGGCGAGGAGAAGCGGAGUAAGAGGAGGAAGGGAAAGAAGGAGAGGAAAAGAGCGGCGGUUGAGGCUGAGAAUGCGGGUGAAUCUUAA